AUGGAGACAAAACAAGCUACAGAUAAGCCUAUUACAGACACAACUGAAGUAAAUAGUGAAGAGGAAAAGGAUCCAAAUCACGUUCAAGCUCAAGUUAAAGGGCCAGUGUUACAAGUUUCUAAGGAUGCUUAUGAAAGUCUUCCUUCGUAUAUGACAAAUCUAUCAUCGUGGGAGGAUCUACUUGCAGCCGUGGAGAGGAUCAACUCAAGUUUGAGCAAGAAAGAGAAAACAAAAGGUUAUAACUGCUUCCACCAAGAUGAAAUUGAAGCCUUGGACUUAGGGCCUAAAGGACGUGCUUACUUGCUGCUACUGGUGCGCAUGAAUCAUCUGGUUGUAGAGACAAUUGAUGGGCUGAUUUCUUAUCGAGUCUUGUGAAUGAGAGUCAAACUGAUGGGCAUAUCAACUUUAUCAAGUAUACAAAUUGCAAACAAGAUCAAAGUAGACAACCAAAAGACAAAUUUGCCUUGUGUGUAACAUUUGA